UCCUUAGUUUAGGUUGCGGAUACUUUGAGAAGAAGGUCUUGAGUGAAACCACCUCUUUCGUGAGUGAGCAGUUCCAUGGACAUUUCUGCUUGGUCUAAUUCCAGAUCCAGCUGUUUCUCAUCAAAAUGGGUACCAAGGAUCGCGUUUUGGUCCGUCUGGAGCAAUCGACCAUCUUCAUGAUUGAACAAGAAAACAUUCUGCAGGGGGCCACCUCUUAUUAUUUAGGGGGUGUGCCCACCUCCGUCUUGCCCGAAAAGCUCAAGAAGCUGUUCCCCAAAGGAGGUUCCAUCAGAGGCUGCAUGAAAGGACUGAAAGCUCUGGGGAAAUACGUGGACUUAAAACGCAUGAACACCAUCGGAGUGAGUUACGGCUGCACCUUGGACCUCCUGGUGGCUCGUUCAGUGAAACUUCAUGGCUCCGGCUACUUGACUCUCUCGCUGAGGAACGUCCCCCCGUUGCAAGACUUCUACACUGGUUUUAGCUUCCGUACCAGUCAGAGUCGUGGCUUGCUCUAUCAACACGAUACAAAGGUAGGCCGUUUGGGCCUUGAAGGAAUUGCGUCCUAAAAUAAUAGUCUCCUGCAUGUAGUAUUACCUGAACGGUCAGAAAUAACUCCUAACUAACUGGCAUCCAGAACCGUAAGAAAAGACAAUGCUAAAUGCUAGUUUCACUAUUUGUAUAACUGGAAAGAUAGUCAGAAUAAUAUUUUGCAUUCUUAAAAGAGACAGAUGAGGGGUUUUAACUAACAGUUGUAACUCAAGGAGGGAAAGUAUACCUUUCCCUAAUAUUUGUCCCACCUGAGACUCUUUUUAUAAGACUUAUCAACUUCACCCUUCUUUUAUUAGUAUCUAUCUGUAUCUUCCUAU